AUGUCUUCAAGUUGGUUCGAACUUAAAUUUGAUUUUGAAGGACAAAAAUUGGCCGAAUUUGUUUCUCAAGCAGGAAUCAUAUUAUUUGCGGUUAUUGGAUUUGUUGUAGGAUUUUUGCUUCAAGACAUUCUCUUGACUUUUCAAAUCUUUGCUGGUGGAAUUAUUGUAACUUCUAUACUUGUACUUCCAUCUUGGUCAUUGUAUAAUAAACAUCCUGUUCAAUGGCUUCCUCCAAUUCAAAAUGAGAAUAAUCAAAAAACACUUGAACAAAAAGAAUCUAAUUCUAAACCAAUUGAAGAAAAAUGA